AUGAACCAUGUCGUGAGAUUGAAACUGGAGGCUCGGUCGCAAACGUACUUAAACGUUCAUCUCCGCCAACUUGAAGGGUCUCUGGCCAUCAAAAGUCUCUGGUCAUAUGUCUCUGACCAUCAUGUACUUAUGACGCUCGAUGGCGCGGUGAAGGAACGUUAUACAGAAAUCCCUGCAGGCUCAAUGACUCACGGCAGAAAUGACAUUCAGGGACAAACCUCUUAUCCGUCGCGAGAACUGCGCGAAAACUGCGCGAAAACACCGGAAGACAUCGGACAAGAUGUUCGCUUCACGAAGGGCUUGAGCGGAACCAAGGGAGACAGCCUUUGGCCAUUCAGCGAUCCCGUCGCUGACAUGGUUCGCAACCUCGUAAAGACGCGGGAUGGAAGGUUCACUCUCAGAGAUAUUGGCGUGGGUCCUUGCAAUGGCCAACGUUCCCCUGCUGCGGAGCGUCAAGCUGAGAUGCUUGAAGUCGACAGAGGUGCAGAUUGUUUCCUCCUCACUGCUAGUGGUGAUCCAGUUCGCUUUGUGAUCGAUGAUCCAGGGGCGAAAAUAGUCUUCCGGGUCGUCCGGGGUAUGGUCAUGAUGGACACUACUAAUAUGGGUGUUGAGUCUAUAGCGGAGUACAUGCUCAAACUCAUGAGCGGAUAUCCUGGAUUGAGCCGGGACAUCAUCCUGAAGUAA